AUGGCAGAUCCAGCUGUAGGAAUGGCGAAGAAAGCGGAGAUCGAAGAAGUGAAAUGCAAAGACGGCUGUUUUGGUUACGAUAUCGAUGCGUAUUUCAAAAAAUUCAGACCAGAUACAGAUAGGCAGUGCACUUGGACAAAAGAUUCAUGCGUGAAAGAUACACCUCAUAUUCACAAUGAAAAUGUAAAUAAUAAAAAUGAAAUUUUACCAAAUAUAUUGCAUGCCAUUGGCAAUACACCAUUGGUGAAGUUGAAUCGAAUACCUCGAGCAGAGGGUAUUGAAUUCGAGAUUUGUAAGCACUUAUAA